AUGAUUAUGUCAGCGGAAGAACCAUUUGCGAAGUCCAAGACGGGAAUUAAGGUGAUCAUUGUUGGAGCAGGCAAGCGGACUUACACGUUGAUGAAGGGCCACCAAGUUGAAAUUUACGAAUCUUUCCCAGUUCUCAAGUCCCUGGGAGACAUAAUAUCGUUUGGAUCCAAUGCUGGUCGGAUAUUUCGUCGAUGGGGCGUUGAUGGCUCCAUAGCAAAGACGAUGAGAUCCUUGAGUAUCGACCUCGUUAACCACGGCUUCAGAAUCCAUAAAUAUACCGGAGAGCACAUCAUCACCCAGAAAACACCUCCACAAGAUCCAGAUGCGCCAGUCUUUAAUGGCCAUCGGGGAGAAUUGCACGAAGUCAUCUUCAACUAUGCCAAAGAUGAUCUCAAGAUUCCCAUUCAUCUCAACCAACGGGUUGAGAAGUAUUUUGAGGAGGAAGACAAAGCGGGUAUUGAACUUUCGACAGGUGAAAUAGUAUAUGGCGACAUGGUGAUUGGAUCAGACGGUGUCCGAUCAAAAGCCCGUGAGCUUGUGCUGGGUUAUGUGGAUAAGCCGAAAAGCAGUGGAUAUGCAGUCUUCCGCGCCUGGUUUCCCAACACUGAUAUGAUUGCGGAUCCCAGAACAAAGCAUUUCUGCGAUAAUGGAGACACAUUUAAUGGGUGGAUCGGCCAAGACGUCCACUUCCUUUUCUCGACUAUCAAGAACGGGAGUGACUGCUGUUGGGUGUUGACUCACAGGGAUGAAGCAGAUAUUGACGAAUCAUGGUCAUUCCCCGGAAAGCUGGAGGAUGUAUACAAAGUCUUCGAAGGCUGGGACCCUCUUUGCAAGACCAUUGUAUCCAAGACACCCGAGAGCCACCUGGUCGACUGGAAACUAGUUUAUCGAGAUCCUUUGCCAACAUGGAUCAGCAAGGGAGGUCGGAUUGCCCUCCUGGGAGAUUCCGCACAUCCAUUUUUACCGACUUCAGCUCAAGGUGCCACUCAAGCAAUGGAGGAUGGCGUUACAAUCGCAAUUUGCCUCCGACGAGCAGGGAAGAGUAGUGUUCCGGAUGCUGUCAGAACAUACCAAAGAAUAAGAUAUGACCGCGUCAAAGCCGUCCAGAGGACUGGAGAGACAACUCGAGAUAUGUGGCACAAAGCGGAUUGGGAUAAAGUCAAGAAAAACCCUGAGUCGGUCCAAUUCCCACGUGAAGACUGGAUCCACACGUUUGAUGCCGAAAAACACGCCGAAGAGGUCUUUGAUGAGAAUUUCAGGCAUAUCCAAGCCGAGGUUGUUAAUGGUACUUAUUGA